CUGACCCCUCUCCUAAUGGCUGUGCUGCUGGGUGGUGCAUCCCAGGCCACCGAGAUUGUGGGCGGCCGGGUUUCAGAGCCCCACUCCAGGCCCUACAUGGCUUCACUGCAGUUGCUGGGGACCCCCAGCUCCCACUUCUGUGGAGGUACCUUGAUCCAUCCGAGGUUCGUUCUAACGGCUGCCCACUGCCUAAAGGAAAUGGACCCCACCCGGGUGAGCGUGGUGCUGGGGGCCCAUGAUCUGGAGACCCCCGAGCCCUCCCAGCAGCGGUUCACGGUCUCGCGUCUGUUUGAGAACAACUACGACCCAGAGGAGAAACUCAAUGAUGUGCUGCUUCUGCAGCUGGACCGGCCGGCCAACCUCAAUGCCCAGGUGGCGGUGGCCCCGCUCCCUCGACAGGAUCAGGAGCUGCCCCACGGUACACAGUGCCUCGCCAUGGGCUGGGGCCGUCUGGGCACCCACCUGCCAAUUCCCCGAGUCCUACAGGAGCUCAAUGUCACCGUAGUCACCUUCCUGUGCCGGCCACACAACGUGUGCACGCUGGUCCCCCGCCGCAGCGCCGGCAUCUGCUUCGGGGACUCCGGAGGCCCCUUGAUCUGUGAUGGCAUCCUGCAAGCUGUGGAUUCUUUUGUGAUCCGGGAAUGUGCCACCCGUCAGUACCCCGACUUCUUUGCCCGAGUCUCCCUCUACGUGGACUGGAUCCGCUCUGUGCUGAGCACAGUGGGGGCGAGGCUUAACGGGACGGCCACCCUCAAUGCCAAUGUGCAGGUGGCCCAGUUGCCUGCCCAGGACCAAGGCGUGGGCAAUGGGGCACGGUGCCUGGCCAUGGGCUGGGGCCAGCUGGGCACAAACCGGCCAAUACCCAGUGUGCUGCAAGAGCUCAACGUAACUGUGGUGACCUCUAACUGUCGUCGCUCCAACGUGUGCACCCUCGUGCGUCGCCGGAGGGCUGGCAUCUGCUUUGGGGACUCCGGCGGCCCUCUUGUCUGCAACGGGGUGGUCCACGGCAUCGAUUCCUUCAUCCGGGGAGGCUGCGGGUCUGGGGUCUACCCAGAUGCAUUUGCCCCAGUGGCACACACCCUGCCUGGUCAGUAUCGUGGAGACAGCGGCAAUAUGGUGGACAUCUCCGUGUACCUGGUGGCUCUGGUCCUCCUAGGAGCUGCAGUGUGUGAGGCACAGCCCCGGGGUCGGAUCCUAGGGAGCCAAGAGGCCAAGUCCCACACACGGCCCUACAUGGCGUCGGUGCAGGUGAACGGCACACACGUGUGUGGCGGCUUUCUGGUAGCCGAACAGUGGGUGCUGAGCGCAGCGCACUGUCUAGAGGAUGCGGCCGGCGCCACGGUGCAGGUGCUCCUGGGCGCACACUCCCUGUCUCAGCCAGAGCCCUCCAAGGUCCUAUAUGACGUGAAACGCACUGUGCCCCACCCGGACAGCCGUCGUGACACCAUUGACCAUGACCUCCUCCUGCUGCAGCUGUCCAAGAAGGCCGUGGUGGGCCCAGUCGUGCAGACUUUGACCUGGCAGCGCGAGGACCGCGACGUGGCUCCCGGCACGCUCUGCGAUGUGGUCGGCUGGGGCAUGGUCAGACACACUGACCGCCUGCACCAUGUGCUCGUGCCGGUGCUCAACCGCACUGUCUGCAACCAGCGCAUCUAUCACGACGGCGUCAUCACCCAGCGCAUGAUGUGCGCGGAGAGCAAACGCCGGGACAGCUGCAAGGGUGACUCCGGGGGCCCGCUGGUAUGCGAAGGCGUGGCCGAGGGCGUGGUUACCUCGGGCUCCCGCGUCUGUGGCAACCGCAAGAAGCCGGGGAUCUACACGCGCCUGGCGAGCUACACGGCCUGGAUCGAUGGCGUCAUGGCAGAGGCCGAGGUGGAUUGA